AUGUAUUCGUCUACACGUCUAAUUGUAAUUACAUGGGAAAUCAACGCAGAACCAAAACUAGGUCCAUGUCCGGAAAAAUGGUUACCAUUACUUCCGGCAAAUGUCAACGAUUAUGCAUUCCUUCAAAAAUGCAUCUCUCAUAUUGAUGUAACUUCAUUAAAACCGAAAGUGGAAAAAUUUGAUGAUGCAAAAAAUGCUUGUUCUCAUAUGUUCGGGAAUUCAUCAAAUGCUGCAACAAUUUUUCUACCGGAUGAUGAAAGAGAACUGAAAAAUUUCCUCACAUUUGCCGGUAAGGAAGCAUUGGAAGGAAUGAUAAAUAUAAUUGUUAAAGAGAAAAUUCUCUAUGAUCAUUCUGAUAAUGUUCUACAAGGUUUGGGCAGAGCAAUUGUCAAUGCCGCGAUUAAUGCAACUGAUAAACAUUGCGCUUGGAAUGUUCAAAAGUAUCGUACAUCAGCACGAAAUGCCCGAGAUAUCUGUAGGGAAAAGAGAGCUCAAUUGGUAACAAUCGAUAAUAUUGCUGAAUGGUCCUAUAUCACACGUCUGGCUAGUACAUUAGCGCCUAAAGCAAAAGAUCGUUCGUUGCUGUUAGGCUAUACACGUUGUAGCACCGAUCCACCUGAAUGGCGUACAAUGGAAGGCGGCAUUUCACCACAGUUUGUUCCUUUUCCUGAUCCCACUAAAAUAGACGAUGAAAAAUGUUGCCUGGAAUUAAAUAUCGAAAAUAAAAUAAAUUAUGAGGCAAUAAAAAUGCAAAAAGAAGCUUUUGAAGGUGCUGAAUUGCAAGCAGUUCUUUGCAAUAAGAAAGUUAAUUAUUUCAUUUGCAAAAAAACUGAAGGCAGUAAAUGA